AUGGAAGAAAACUUGUUGUGGAACCAGAUAUCCAAUAAUUUGGGACUGGUUGAGUAUCUUAGCAUCUCAUCCAGUUUGGAUCGUGCUUUUAUUCCAGUUUUCAUUUCAUGGCCACAAGAAAUUAGAAUUUUGGAUUCUGAUUGGUUUACUUUGGAAAAUCUUUUGUCGUGUACUUGCAGUGAAAUUACACUCGAAGAGUCUCUUCUGGAAAACAAGGAUUUCGAUGGCGUACUUAGGAAAUGGAAGACUGGAGGGUUUCCGAAUCUAAAACGUUUGUGGUUAGAUAGCCCAAAUAUCACAGAUAACGGAGAACAGAUUUUAGGAAUGAAUUUGAACGAAUUAGACUUUAUGGUUAUCAAAACUGAUGAUGGAUCAAAGAAGGCAACUAUUUACAUUCGUCCCGCAGGUAUUGAAGUAUUUGCAACUCCAUUUGAUUGA